AGACCCUCCAUGCCAAUUAUUUCAACUCAACCUUUCUCAAAAUUUGUUCUCUUGCAAAAGACCUAUCUUAUCAUAAUUUCAAUACAAAUUAAGAGACUUACAUCCCAAGAAAAAGGAAAAUCAAGAUGAUGAGUGCAGCAACAGCAAGUAGGGCUUGGGUUGUGGCAGCCACAGUUGGAGUUGUGGAAGUGUUGAAAGACCAAGGGGUGUGCAGAUGGAACUAUCCCAUGAGACUGGUGCACCAGCAAGCCAAGAACCAUCUCAGGUCUUUUUCUCAGGCCAAGAAGCUGUCUUCUUCUUCUUCUGCCAUGGCUUCAAGCAUGAUCAUGAGAGAAGAGAAAAUAAAGCAGUCAGAGGAGUCUAUGAGGAAAGUGAUGUAUCUUAACUCUUGGGGUCCCAACUGACACCAACCAAAUUAAGCUUAGCUUAGCUUAAGGCCAUUGUAAAUUACUUUAAGGCAAAUGCUCUUACAAAUUUAGUAAAAUACAUUGGGCACAUAUGUUUUCCAAAUUCA